AUGUGGAUACUCAUAUACCUCUUUAUUAUAUGGUCCUCACUGCGAACGUUGGUUGCUGCUAUUGGCUCUACAGUGACAGUCCGAAAUGACGUGAAUGAGACGGUUUCAGCAUUGGUCUGGCCGACGAUGUCCCCUCAAAUGACGGUGGCCUUUAGGUCUCAAAGAGAUGUCAUGGGGAACUUAACUAUAGACCAGUUACCGUACGUAGGUUUGAACCUACGACGUGUUCUAUUAAAUAAUGAAACUAACAUGGUAAAUGAAGGUAAUAAUACAAGAUUACUGGCUCUGUUUAAGUCCAUGCUAUCCUCGGAAGCAAAUGUUUUUGUCCUGGACUUGAAACAGUAUAAUAAUGAUUUGAUAGUGGCAGAUACUACAUUAUCGUUUGGCGACGUCUUAGCUGCUUUACAAUCAUUCAUCUUCAGCACACAGAACAAUCUCUAUGCAAAUGUCUUAGUACUGUUGCUGAAUAUAUCAGCCCCUGUACUGGAUAACAGUUACCAAAACCAAACUUUAAACACUACCUCUAUACUGGAUAAAAAUCUUGGAAGCAGUUUCAUUUACAAGCCUACAGAUUUGCAGAACGAUCGAGCAAAGAAUAAUACCUGGAAUAUCUACGGAAAAUCAUCCAUUGAUGGCUGGCCCACUCUAGGUUCUGUGCUAUAUGAACAAAAGAAGAGACUGGUUAUAGGAGAACUGACCAAUUCCUUCAAUGAAACUACCGCCCCGUAUAUUUUUCCUCAUGAUGUCUUUCAUUAUGAGCAGGGCAAUGUCACAUUAGACUGCCCUUCUACUGUGGAGGGCCUGACUAAUUUAUCAUCUAUUCAUUGGAGGUUCUUGGAUUCCCAGUUCAAUUCUGUGGACAUCAAAGAGUAUAUUUCGUGUGGUAUAUCACCAAUAAUAAGCAAUCCAGCGUACGUCAAUAAUGUGACCCAGUUAGCAGACAUAGUUCAUGAAGGUAGCGUUUGGUCAUGGGAUAGCAACCAACCCUCAGUUACUCAAUCAACUUCUAAAUCUGGUGGCUCGUCCGGCACCUUAGAGGCUUACAAUUGCGUUCUCUUGUACUACUUUGCUAAUAAUGAGACAGUGACAUGGCGAGUGGAUAACUGCUAUGAUUCUAAUGUUGGACUCUGUAGAUAUGAAAACAUGGCAUUCAGAUGGUUGGUGAGGUCCAAUAAGGCCACAUACUUUGAUUUUGAUAGUUACCAGGGAUCAAAAUGUCCCGAUCAGUAUACAUUUAAUAUUCCAAGAACCCCACUGGAACAGAGAUCUUUGAUUUCGUAUUUGAGGAAUGCCUCCUUCCCUGACACGCAAAUUUGGAUAGAUUUGAACUCUAUAUCAGUAAGCAACUGUUGGGUCAGUGGUGGCCCAUAUGCCAGUUGCCCAUAUGAAAAAGUUAUAUCCAGGAGAAAUUUCGUUACAAUGAUGGUCCCUGCGUCGGUCUGUUCCUUCGCCCUAUUGUGUAUUGUUGUUUACUUGAGUGUACUGAGGGUCCCCAUUUAUGAUAAUAGGAAAAAUUGGAGAAGAGUCAUCAAUAAGAUUUCCAAAUCCGAAUUAGAAGGUGUGCCUUCUUGA